UAAUAUCCCUGGCUGUCAAUACCCAACUUAUGCGACACAAGCAUCACAUAUCUUAUUUGUCUCUUUCUUUUUGAAGCUCGGAGUGAUUCCGAGUGAGCAGCCAAGCGGUCAGCCAAUCAGGAUAUGUGGCUGGUGCCCUGUGGCGCCUCCACGCGAUGGUGGAGUAGUCGCAAUACACACCGUUCACACUCGACACCUAGUCAAUCGUCAAUGAGAUAACAAGCUUUCCAGAAGAUCCUCCCAGCCGAUACCACUACCCAGGCGAAUCGAAAUGGAUGAUCUCGCAGGCCUUGACUGGUCUGCAUCCUCCAAACAGCAACAACAACAACCACAAUACACCUCAAAUACUCCAGCUGCUCUCCCUCCUUUCCGCCAAACCCCCACACCGCAGCUCUCCGGUCGCUCCACGCCUCUUUCCGCACAACAAUCAGGCGCAGGUGCCCUCUCCGCAGCCAGCCGCAAUUUCAAAGCUCCCUCCAAGCCAGCGACUCCGGCCAACGAUAGCUUUGCCAGUCUUGUGUCUCUCAAUACCUCGAAGCCUGCCACAAGCAAUCUGUCCCUCCAAGAAAGGCAAAAACAAUUACAAGAGGAGAAGGCUCUACAGGAAGCGCAAAGGAGAAAGCAAUAUGAAGCUCAAUAUGGGACAGAUGCGAGCGCCUGGGACAAUCUGGGGAGUGGCAGUGGGAAGAAUACCCCUCAACCAGCAGCGGCUUCUUCCUCCCUCCCUCCCGGGAGACAGACAUUGUCGCACACAAUUAACAAGCCCUUCAGUGGAUUAGACACAACUUCCAAACGACCCAUGAAAUCGCCGCCUGUAGAUGACGAUCUUCUCUCAGCCUUCAACUCUACUGCGCCCGUAGAUGCUUCCAGUCACUUCCCUCCACCUUCGGUCGGCAGCAAUCGUAGUACCCCUGCAUACAGUGCACAAAACUCCCGUGGUAACACGCCGGCUCCACCUGCUUCCAACGCUUUCGUAAACGAUGAGGACGAUGACAUGUUCGGAUUGAGUCAACUGGCACAGAAGUCCGCACCAGCUCCACCACUUCCAAGCGCUACAGAGGAUGGCAACGAUGAUAUACUUGGUCUAUUGGGAAAGCCAGUGUCCGAAUUUGAAAAAAAGCCUGAGCCAUCACCGCCUGUGGUAGAAGACGACUAUGAAAUAGAAACGCGUCCAAUGCCUGCUGCCAGCAGCCCGCAUGAUAAAGCUGUGGCUGAGCUUGUUGACAUGGGAUUCCCUCCAGAUAGAUCAGCGAUUGCGUUGGCAACCACUGAGUCAGGUCUCGACGUGCAGGCAGCUGUGGGGUGGCUGUUGAACCAGGCACAUGCGGAAGCAAAAUCCAAAACUGAAGAGCGGAGCCACGAUCGAUCUCGUCGGGCACCGGAUGAACCGGCGGAUCGUUCACGGCGAGGCAAUGGCACCUCAGGCCGGGGAACCCGCGAACCAAGUGCCGGUGGAUCGAUGCCGGCUUGGAUGCGUGCCGACGAGGAAAGAAGUCGGUCUGGACAGCGGAAGGCAGAUGGCCAGUCACAAGAGAAAGACGUGGCGCAGAUUGCGAACGAACUGGGCAGCACCUUUUUGAAGUCUGCUAAUUCGUUUUGGAAGACUAGUCAAAAGAAAGUACAGAAAGCGGUCGCAGAUUUCCAACAGGAAGGUGGCGAUCCAAACGUUCCUAAAUGGAUGAGAGACGCACAAGGAGAUGGAUCAGGAAAAGCCCGGGAGAAAGUUUCUGGAUCUACUGCCACUGAUGAAGCCAUGAUGCUGGAGGGCGGCGGGCGUCCUUCCAAACCUACCAAAACGACCCGAAGCCGACAAGAACCAGAGCCCUUCCCUGCACGCCCAAAACGUGAACAAGCCGGAUUCCGCGAGCAGUCACCGUCUGGUCUACCAAACCGCGCUUCAUCCCAAUCUCCAGCUUUGAGACAACAGCCUGCGAGCACCGAUAGACGUCCUGCCUCGAAACUAAGCCGUCAAGAUCUGGAAGGGCAAAGUGCUCAAGCAUACGUCAGCCCUGCCCGACGGAAGAAGGCGACACCGCAACCCCAGCCAGAUUUAUUUUCUUCGGAUCAACCUGCUCCCUCUCCGUCCAAUUCGCGACAACCGACAUCUAUGCGCUCCAACAACCCUUUUCUUCAAACCACAUCAGCCACAUCAGCGCCAAAACCAAAAAGCCCGGUACGCGCUGCUACGCCGCCAAGACCGAAAGCUCCGCCUCGCCAGAUUCCACCUGCAUCAAGCUCUGCCUUGAAUUCUUCCACUUCCUACAGACAAAAAGGGUCCGAAGCUUUCAAGCGUGGAGACUAUGCCUCAGCACACACAGCCUACUCGUCGGCUCUAGGGCCUCUUCCUCAAACACAUCCGGUCGCCAUCAUAGUCCUCUGCAACCGCGCGGUCACGAAUAUCAAGAUCGGGGAUCCCAAAGCCGCAAUUGUUGACGCAGAUGCUGCUUUGGCUAUCAUUGGUGUAUCGAGGGGAGAUGGAGAAAAGAUUGCUGUGGGUGGGACUGAAGGGGACAAAGAUAUGAAAGACUUCUAUGGGAAGGCGCUGAUGCGCAAAGCCGAGGCGCUCGAGAAUAUGGAGAAAUGGACUGAUGCUGGCAAAGUAUGGAGGGAGGCAGUUGAAGCCGGGGUGGGAGGUUCGAUUAGUAUUCAGGGCCGCAAUCGUUGUGAGAAAGCUGCUGGCGGUGGUAACCAGACGUCCAGCCCUGCACCAGCAAAACGCGCUCCGGUGCGAAAGCCGGCUGCCCCCAAACCGACUGCUCUUUCCGCUCUGGGCGGCGGUUCCUCGAAUGCAGAUUCCGAGGCUGUCAAACGGCUCAAGGCAGCAAAUGUGGCUGCAGAGAAGGCUGACGAUGAGAAAUUUGCAUUAUCGGAUCAAGUCGAUGCAAGACUGGCAGCGUGGCGCGGCACCAAAGCCGACAACUUACGUGCCCUGCUUGGGUCACUAGAUAAGGUGUUAUGGCCUGAAGCAGGGUGGAACAAGGUCAACAUGGGUGACUUGGUCAUGCCGAACAAGGUCAAGAUCAUAUACAUGAAGGCAAUAGCAAAAGUGCACCCUGACAAGAUCUCUCAAACUGCCACGACGGAGCAACGCAUGAUUAGUGCAGCGGUGUUCGCAACGCUGAAUGAAGCCUGGGACUCUUUCAAAAAAAGCAACGGGAUGUAG